AUGCCCAGGCCGACGCCUUCACGCCAAGCCAAAGGUCGGGCUCAGCAACGUCUGCAGACCAUGGAUAUUGAGGUCAUCGACGAUAGUAGCAGCAGCAGCAGCGUUAGCGGCGGCCGCCAGCAGGAUAUGCAGAAGGACGAAUCGGAUGUUAGCACCGGAGACGUUUCGGAUGCACCAGCACAAGUCGUGGAGACGACCGACUCCGACAACGAGGGCGGAUCCAACGCGGGCGGAGCGAACGAGGAUGAGGACGACGAUGACGAAGAGGUCGUGGCAUUCCUUUCGCUCAAGUUUGUCAACGGCCGCAUGCCUUGCCCGGUCUGUCCAAAGACCUACGAGCGCAAACACUCCUGGAUCGGCCACAUCGAAACGCAUCGCAGGACCCCGUGGGCGUGGGCAGCAAGCAAGGCCCUGGCAGAGCACAAUGUCGAGCUGAACGUCUUGUUCUCCCGGGUCCGGGCUCUGCAAGGCCCAAGUGCUCUUCGACUGACGAGGCCUCAGACAUCGGGUCUGGCUGUAUCGCCACAGUCGAUCCUCGACGCGCCUUUGGACCGAGGCGAGAUGGUCAACCCUGCUGGCGUCUAUGGUAGUGCGGCUCGUCUGCAGAUGCUCACACUGUCGGUGCUCGUAGCCCAGAUCGCCAUUAUAUGCCAACUUCUCAAGUACAUGUGCGAAGCAAUGCGUGCUCGCCACCCGGGCCUACCACCGGUGCCGACGCCUUCAGACACCAGCAGGCAGCUCGUUGAACGCUACGAGGAGCUCGUCUCCAACCGUAUUCACUUUCGUCUGCAGGAUCAAGCACUCACCGGCCAGGUGGCGGUGCCGACGCAGGACGGCGCCAGCAACGCUGCCCAGCCUGCCGCUGCCGAGUCUCGCCCUUCUUCGACGCGCCCUGUAGUGGGUCCCUUGGCAGGCCCAUCUGCUCCCCCCCGUGCAGGUGCGGCUGGCACUGUGGCAGUUCCUUCGCGAGCUUCGCCAACCGAAGGGCAGACGCUCGACCAGAUUGCUGCGCAAAAAGGUGUCGCUCACAACGCGAAGAAACGCGCCGCAGACGCGCAAGCAAGGCAGAAUCCGAGCAAACGGUCUGCCUAG